GGCAUUACAUACACAUUCUUGCAAGGGAAAUCUAGAAGCAAAUAUUAAUGUAAGAAUGUAACUAUGUGAUUUGCUCCUACAUGCAGCCUGCACUGAGCAGAUGUCAUUGAACAUCAUUGCCCUCUGGCCUAAUUGACCUAACCAGGAACUAAGUUUCGACUUCCAGUAACUUUACUGUCUCUGCUCAUAUGUAUUUUCAUAUCCAGUAAGAGGCAGUGCUAUGUCUGCAGCUGUCACACUGACACAGACUUGAACUAGUUAACUCUGGGCCAAGCCCUUUUCCAUCCUCCAGGAAGGAGUCACAGCCGCACAGGAGAGUCAGCCUUCUCAGACAGGCGGCACAGGAGAGGAGGGCAGGACAUUAGGGUGCUCAUCCUGGCGAGAUGUUGGAGGCGCUGGUGGUUACCAUUCCUAAAGCAGGAUUCUUUAUAGCAUAUUAAACCCUUGCCUUCAACUUAUUCCAUCUAUCAGUCAUGGCAACUGGAGGCGGAGAAGACACUACUGAUGAAGCUAUAAAUAAAAAAGAAGAACAGGAAGCAGAGGCUGUUUUUCUUAGUUACACAUUUCACAUGACUACAAUGAGAAGUGAAAAUGAAGAUUCUAGACCUCUUAGAGAUGAAAUAGAUGUAAGACAAAGAGACAGUGUAAUAGACAACUUGGGGAAGCAACUAGCUACAAUUGGGGACGACAUAUAUAAACAACAUGAGAAAACUUUUGAUAAUUUCCUCAGAGAGUUGAACCCCAACCUGGAUAAUGCUUAUGACAUCUUCAAAAAAAUAGCCUCCAGUGUUUUUGAAACUGAGGUGAACUGGGGACGUAUUUUAACUCUACUUGGUUUUGGGUAUCGGAUGGCUGUCUACAUUUGGAGAAAAGGACAGCAUGGAUUUUUAAAGAGAAUUGCUCGAUGUGUUGCUAGAUAUCUAGUGGAAAGUAGCAUUGCACGGUGGAUAGCAAGGCAAGGUGGUUGGGGUACUGUCCUUACGCUUACUAAUUAUGGCUUUAGAUAUGCGCUCAUGGCACUGGGUGUCGUUUUAAUCAUGCAAUUUGUGAUGCGUCGCUUAUCGUCUCCUGGCCAAUGAGGAGCUGUUUUUUCAUUCAGGUGCACGGCAUGACUUAUUUCUGUGACUGCAGCCAGGAGGACUCAAGUUUGUGAACAAACAUUUUCCUUUUUAACCCAAUAUAUUCUAUGGGUUAAUUCUUAAAGACUUCCUAGAUUUUAUACAUGAGCUAUGUUGGCAAUUUUGUUUUAAAGACCAGCCAUUUACUUGAGAUAACAAGUAAGAGCUAAUUUGUAACUUUCCUUCAUUACAGACUCAGGGAAAAGGAUAAAUCAUGAUAUAUAUAUUCGUAUAUAUAUAUAAUUUUUAAAUAUAUUUUUAUUAAACAUUUUUCAUCAAACAAUAAACAAAUGUAGAACACGAAACAGAGUUCAUGGAGAAGGUGUCUUCUGCCACCACAAAGCAAUCAGUCGGAAAGAGAUAGGUGCGGCCAAAGGAAACACAGCACAACUGAAUCCCCCAGGCCCCAUACCACACAGAUGGCCAUCGAGUGCGGCCCCACACACCGGGAACCCCACUCGGUCCCAGCAGUAGCUCCUCAGACUCCCAGAGGAUCCGAGUAGAGAGCAAAUAAAUUCAUAUUUUAAUAAAUGUCCCUUUUUUGCAAUCUUUUUAUUACUUAUUAUUGGAAUGAUGGUAAACAUUAUUGGGUGUGUAAGAUGGAUUGGAUGUGGCCAGUAGAACAUACUGUAUAAUAUAAUAUAUAAAUAUAAAAAUAUUAAAAAGUACAUGUAAAUUUAAGAUUAAUUACCCAACCUCAGCUACUGAAAUAGGAAGGGUAUGCAGUAAUGGUUACAUCAGGUUUCACUAUGUUUUAAACCAUAGUAUGGAGCAACAGGAACUAUUUCUGCCAUAUGUACACUAUCCGCCAUGUGUAUGGGGCCAGAUUUAUAUAUGGAACUAGCUGAGUACCCGGCGUUGCCCGGUUUUUCCUUCCUAAUCCUUGUUGGGGAGGAAAACAAAGGAGGAAGUUUUUGACUUCAUAUCCCAUCCUCAUAUAUUGUUGCCAUAUCCCAACCCCAUAUCACGACCUUCUAUCCCGACCUCCUAUCCGUCAUCAUAUCUCGACCUCAUAUCCCAUCCUCAUAUCGACCUCCUAUCUCGACCUGCUAGCCUGUCCUCCUAUCCCGACCUCCUAUCCCGACCUCCUAUCCCGACCUCCUAUCCCGACCUCCUAUCCCGACCUCCUAUCCCGACCUCCUAUCCCGACCUCCUAUCCCGACCUCCUAUCCCGACCUCCUAUCCCGUCCUCCUAUCCCGUCCUCCUAUCCCGUCCUCCUAUCCCGUCCUCCUAUCCCGUCCUCCUAUCCCGUCCUCCUAUCCCGACUUCCUUUUCCCGACCUCCUAUCCCGGUCCUCCUAUCCAGUCCAUCUAUCCCGGCCCUCCUAUCCCGGCCCUCCUAUCCCGGCCCUCCUAUCCCGGUCCUCCUAUCCCGGUCCUCCUAUCCCGACCCGCAAUAUGUGUGCCAGGUAUUUAAAUAUCUCCAGCCGUACAGAAGUUAUGUGAGAACAUACAUUUCCCAUUGAUUUGUAUGGGACUUUAAACAAAAACCUCGACACUUACAAAUGGGGGUAGUAAAGGGUUAAAUUAACUAUCCUAUAUUUUAAGUGGACAUAUAAAUAACAUGUGACCAAGUAUUAUCAUAUUAUAAUAUCUCCGGCCGUUUGGAAGUUGUGCAGUAACAUAUAUUUCCCAUUGACUUGUAUGGGACUUUAACCCCUUAACGACGCAGGACGUAUAUUUACGUCCUGCGCUGGCUCCCGCGAUAGUGCUCCUCAACGGGCGGGACCCGCGGCU